GUUUGAUCACAUUCUGCAGUUCUUGUUUGAUGCCUUGGGCGCUUUGGUGCGCAUCAAGGGCGUUUCUGGCAGCCAAGUCAUCGAGCGUAGUAUUGCUUGCCAACCUGUCGCAGGUCUAGGCAUUUGGAAACCUCACAUGAUGUCGCCCCGAGCGCUGCUCCCUGCAGUUGCAAAGCGGUUGGCCUUUUUGGCGCCACUUGAGAGUGCCUUUUCUUUGGACGCCGCUCGGUUUCUCAGCACAGAGAGCAGAGAUCUGCUGAGUGGUGCAGAGAGGCAGGUGGUGACCAGUGAUGGCGCAAGGGUGACAUCAGCAUCGUGCGGGGUGACAUCAGCAUCCGAAGAAGAGAAUGUUUUGGGUGGUGCUUGCGGAGCAACCAUUACCGGGGUGGGAAAGGGCUCUGGCCCCAGAUGGCUGGUGAAUCUGAGCGAUGCAGGAGUCUGGGAUGGUUUUGGGGCCAGUGAAGCGAGGGGGUAUCACUCAAGCAGCCGUCUCACAAAGGCGCAGUCGGCCGUCCAGUACGCGGACGACGCCGACGACUUUCCCCAGCAUUUCUCCAGCAAUCGCAGCCAGGGCAGCUAUGGAUCCUCACGGAGUGGGGGUUACGGAAGUUCUGGUUACAAUUCUCGGCCCCAGUCACGAAUGGGAGGGUAUGACCGGAGGAGGACUGGGGGAAGGGAUGGGAUGGACUUCAUGCCGAGGCGAGAGGCAGUGCCUAGGGUUCGGAUAGAGGUUGGGGAGUAUGACAGGGAGGCGCUUCCGCAGAGCUCUUCAGAAGAAGUGCAGGCGUUUUACGAGGAGAAUGAGAUCACUGUUGUGGGGGAAAACAUUCCUUCUCCCGCCUUGACGUUCGAGCAGACGGGUUUCCCAGAGCAGUUCAUCAAAAAGCUCAGUAGCGGUGGCUUCGAGAAGCCGUUCCCCAUUCAAGCACAAAGCUGGCCGCUUGGAUUGCAAGGCCGCUCCCUCGUCGCCGUUGCCAAAACCGGGUCUGGGAAAACCCUGGGUUAUCUCUUGCCCGGGUUAGUCGAGGUCUUGAAAAAGAAGAAUGAUCGGAGGGUGGGGCCGACGGUGCUCGUGCUGGCGCCGACGCGCGAACUCGCAAACCAGAUCCAGGAGGAGGCGAGCAAAUUCGGGCGGAUUGCGGGGCUUACCAGCGUGUGUCUGUACGGCGGUGCGUCCAAGGUUCCCCAGAUGCAGAUGAUUCGGGCGGGUGUCGAUGUUGUCAUCGCGACCCCAGGACGGCUGAACGACUUCAUCGAGAUGGGGCAGAUCGACCUGAGCCAGGUUUCGUUCCUCGUCAUUGACGAGGCCGACCGGAUGCUUGACAUGGGUUUCGAGCCGCAGAUUCGUCGGAUUGUGGAGAACGUUCCUGAGGAGCGUCAGACGCUCUUCUACACUGCCACGUGGCCUCGUGAGGUGCGGUCCAUUGCGUCGGAUCUGCUCAACGACCCCGUUCAGAUCACCAUUGGCAGCACGGAUAACCUGGUAGCGAACAAGAGCAUCACGCAGCGGGUGGAGAUCGUGAGGACCGGACACCAGAAGCGCGAGCGGCUGCUGGAGCUGUUGGCUGAGAAGCAGGGGGCCAAGGUUCUGGUGUUCGUCAACACCAAGUCCGAGUGCGAGGCGCUCAUGUGGGAAGCAUCGAAGGACCGGAAAGCAGCCACGAUCCACGGCGACAAGACGCAGCAGACCCGGGAGAUGACGCUGCGCGCUUUCCGGACGGGCCGCGUCGAUGUGCUCAUUGCAACGGACGUAGCAGCGAGGGGAAUCGACGUCAAGGACAUUGAGCUGGUCAUCAAUUUCGACUUCCCCAACUCGGUCGAAGACUACGUGCACCGGAUCGGCCGGACUGGCCGUGCGGGCGCGGAGGGCAUCUCGCACACGUUCCUGACGGACCGUGACGCCAGCCACGUGCCGGCGCUCGUGAAGGUGAUGAAAGGGUCCGGCCAGGAGAUCCCGGAGGAGCUGGCGCGCAUGAUGAGAACUAGGGCGGGCGCUUCCAGCGGCCAAAAUCGGGGGCGCUCGCGCGGCUCGGGCCAGCGGUAUCGCGACUCAAGCAAACGGUGGGACAAAAGCAUGUAUGCCGAUAAGUUUUCCAUGGGGCGGCGGGAUCGAUGGUAAAUUCAGCAGUGCGUGUACAAAGGACGCAGUUAUAGUGUCGCAGUUUCGUUGGGCUCGUGCGGUUAACGCUGAGAAGCUGGGUCAGCUUUGUGCAGCGGUCAUCAAAUUCUUGAGCCUGGGGCGAAAGGAGUUGUGCAAAAGCGGUAUAUUGGCUCAGCACUACCUAAAAUCCAUGUCUACCAUACACUAUUUUUACCUCAGGCUGCCCGCAAGUCAAACAACAAGGGUGCAUUCAUUUGUCGGGUCGUCUAUUCACCGAAGGUACUUAAGUUUUGAUCAAUAUUGACAAGCCAUGGUAUGUCCCCUCAUUAUUGCGCGAUAGCUCUGGUUACAACUGACAUCUAAG